AUGCAUCACCUGUACCCCGCGGUGAAGGGCGACCCGCUGUGUCCGCUGGGCUUCCACCCGCAGGUGCGCUGGCCCACGCGCUGCAAACGCUGCUUCAGAAUAUCUGGAUUUUCGAUGAGAAAAUUAGAUUAUUCUAACUAUGAUAUUAAUGUGAAGCAAAAGUAUCUUAAAGGCAGGCCCUCUCUGUUGGACAAAUGGACACGACGCGGCCUCGACUGUCCCCGCCGCCCUCCGCCGCGCGUCCGAGGCUGGCAGACGGCCGCGGCGGGUAUUUAUGUGCGGCAAGGCAGUCCGCGUGUGCGCCCAUCGCUGCCACCUCCACCGCCGCCAUCGUCGUUUCCGCCACCAUCGUCGUUUCUGCCCGACGACGUGGGCUUUACCGCCACCACCACCGCCACCAACAACGCCACCGCCGCCGCCACUACGAUUGUCGCUGCCGCCUUCGCGACCAUCGCCACACCGGCCGCCACGUGUCCCACCGCCAUUGUAGUCGCCUCCACCACGUCACCGUCGUCACCACAUCCCCCGCCAUCGCCGCAGCCUCCAUCACCUCUACUAUCGCCACCACUUUGUCCCACCAUUGCCUCCGCCACAACCGCUAGUCCUCUUCCACCGCCACUGCUGCCUCCGCUGCCGACGUGGCCGCCGCCACCGCCGACACAGCCGCUUCGCAGAAUCCCUGCGGCUCCUUUUAACCCGCGCCUCUCCCGCUGCGACGGCGGUGGAAACGACAGAGCCGAGAAGUGCCACCCCCAUCCCCUGCUCCUCACGCUUGGCAGUCGCGUGCCAAAGAGCACGCCUGCCUCGGAAGCGUACGCCAGUUUGAAGCACGAGUGUUCAGAAGCAAGAAAAGUCUCAACAUCAAUAGACUACAAGGAGCAUGGGACCCGCAAGGAGCUCGACACCAAAUCGACGCUGCGCAAAGAUGAUGCGUCGGCGUCAACCCCCAGUCUGUCCAAUUGGAGCUCUUCUUCGUCACGGAGCCGUGAUGACAGUCGGAGCAGUCAGGACAGCGGGUUGGGCGUCUCGUCGCGCAGCAGCUGGAGCAGCGGCAGCACUUCCAGCGCCUCCAGCACCUCCAGCAACGACUCCGACGCGCGCUCCAGCACCACGGACUCCAGCAGAUUCGCUCAGCGGCCAGCGUCGUGGACUUCCACGCCCGACCUGGGCAAGCUGAGCGAGAGCACCCACGGCGAGGUGACGACUGUGAGCUUCACGCUGCCGCGGCGGCGGCCGCAGCCGGCGGACACGGGGCAGAAGGCCGCCUCCUCGCCCGCCCCGGCGCCCGCCCACGCGCCCGCCGCCGCCACCCGCGAAGACUGCUUUCUCGAGAUGACAGCAAUGAGGUUUGAUGCAUGCGAGUCCCGGAAGGGAGCUUUACCUCAUCGAAACUCUUCAUCUUCCGCAGCAGACAAGGGCAGCGACAGCUUCACAGUGCGGCGACGCUCGGGUUCGUCGUCGGCGGCGGCGGAGACGUCGGAGGCGGCCAAGACCGCGUCGUCGUCUUCGAGCGCUGCGAUGCGCUCGCGCAGAGGGACGGCCGCCGAAAAGGCAGACAAGGACAAGGACAAGGACAGGGCGGAGAAGGCGGAGGCGGCGGCGCGGCAGCGGCGCGUGCGCAUCCAGUCCUUCAAGGAGGUGCACUCGGUGGAGGAGCCCACCAACCCCGAGGUGGAGUUCAUCAUCCAGGUAAAAUCUUCCAAGAAAAAAACACCUAACACAAAUGAUUUAUCAAACAACCUGAAAGUUCCAUCAAUGAAAGUCACAAGUUCAUCAAGUAGUGGCACUAGUUCUGAUGAUGAAGAAGACAGUGAUGAUGCCACAAGUACUGCAGGAACUGAAACCACUGAGACAACACUAAUAGACCGCAAUGAAAGUGAAUUGCAGGAACAAAUUGAAAGUCUGAAGUUGGAGCUUGAAACUUCAAAGUCUCGUUGUGACCGUCUUGAAAGAGAAAAAAGCGAUCUUCUCCUCAGACGCAUUGCUUCUAUAGAUAUGCCUUCAUCACGUAUGUCUUCUACUGAGGCUAAUCGACUGCAACAAAAAAUUAAUGAGUUGACAACUCAAUUGGAAGAUAUGAGAGAUGACAAAAAAAGUUUGUCACUUCGAGUAAAAGAGCUGGAGCAGGAGAUGGAUUCUCGACCAGACAAAGCAGCUACUCAGAGAGCAAUGGAUGAUCUUCGGUCAAAAUUACUUGCUGCGGAAACUUUAUGUGAAGAACUGAUGGAUGAAAAUGAAGAUAUGAAACGUGAACUUCGAGAUUUAGAAGAAGAAAUAGAAGAAAUGCAGGAUAAUUUCAGAGAGGAUCAAGCUGAUGAAUACACAUCCUUGAAGAAGGAAUUAGAACAAACUACUAAGAACUGCCGCAUUCUUUCAUUUAAACUUCGUAAAGCAGAACGCAAGACUGAAACACUGGAAGCUGAAAAAUUGGAACUUGAAGGAAAGUGCAGGCAGAUUGCCGGUGGGCAGACAGGGCUGGAAAAAAUUGAAAAGAUAACUAAGCUAGAACAUGAUCUCAGUGUUGCUAAUGAGGUGGCUAGUAGACUGCAGAAAGAACUGGAUGAAACAAAAGAGAAGCUAAAAGAAAAAGAAGAAGCUGCAUCAAAAGUCGAAGCAACAGUUACAAAAAAGAAGGCUCCAAAGCUUGCUGACAUGAGUGGACAUUUAAGGGUGUCAAGAGAGUCCCUCACAAGAGGUGGUUCUCAAGAAGAUCCUGCUCAACUGCUCCGGGACCUUCAAGAUGCCAUGGAGAGAGAGGCUGACUUGCGAGAACAACUACGGUUUGCAGAGGAGGAGGCACAAACCCUACGCAAGAAGACUGCAAGGAUGGAGGAUGAUAACGAAUCACUGGUCUUGCAGCUGAAGAAAAUGGCUACUAAGGCCAGAAGCCGAAUUAAAAGUCCCAGCCCUGCUCGUAUGACACCUGAGCCAGCAACAGAAAAAGAUGAAGGAAUUGCUGAAGAAGAUGACCCAGCAGAGCUGCGACUACAACUGGAGCUUAAUGAACAAGAAGCUGCAGUUUUGCGUCGAAAAGUUGAUGAGCUUGAAAAGGAGGGAGACAAAUUAAAAAAGAAAGUGAAAGAUCUUCAGGACAAACUAAAUACAAAACCUACUAAGAAACUAUCAGCUUCAUCAAUAGUGACACCAGAGCCUGGAAAGGGAAAUGCUGUAUAUGAACAGAAAAUUAAGGUUUUAGAAGAAGAACUUUCUGAAUGCCGAAUGAAGCUUAUAGAAAAGGAGCGUGAUGUAGAAAGGCUUCAUGCAGAACUUACUUUGACUCAGAAGCGUUCUAAAGGAUCCAUUCAGAAAAGCAAAUCUCUUGACAGUGGAAAUGAGCAACAGGCACUAGAUCUGAAACGACAGCUUCAAGUAAUAGAACAAGAAGCAAAUAUUUUGAAAAGUAAAAAUCAAGCGCUUGAGUCAGAAAAUGAAAAAUUAAGUACUGAAAAUAAAAGACUGGUUUUAUUAAGAGGAGCUAAGAAACCAACUGGAGAUAACUCAACAGAAAUGAAAGAAAAAGUUACAGCAUUGGAAACUGAAUUGUCAGAAGCCAAAAAUAAGAUCAAAGAACUGGAAGGCAAAGAAGACUCAGAAAAUAAGACUGAUGAAAAGAGUGGAGAGAAAAAUACAAAAGAAAAUGCUGAUGAAAUAAAGAAACUGAAAGGAGAUUUGUCAAAGAUUGAAAGUGAAAAUCAGAAGUUAAGUGAAACUCUCAGAAGGCUAAAGGAUGAAUCUUGUGCUGCAGCAUUAAAAUUCUAUAAACAACGCACUCCAAAAAAACCAACAGAUCUAACUAGUAAAGUGCAAUUGAAAAAAAUGGUUGAAGAUCUUGAAAGUGAAAUAGGAGAAGUAUUAGUUACACUUAAAAAAUCAGAAAUGGAAAAAUCAAAACUGAAAACAAGUAAAACUGCAGGAGAAGAUGUGUCUUUAAAAGAAACUAAAGAAAAAUUGGAAACUGCCCAGAAAAAAGUUGAAUCCCUGGAAAAAGAAUUAAAGCAAGAAAGAGAGAAGUCCGAAAAAGAGAAAAAUAAAUUAACAAAGGAUAAAAAAUCAGCUGAAGAAGAAAAGAAAAAACUUGAAGAUCUUAGCAAAAAGCUUGAAGAAGAGAAGAAGAAUAUGGAAACUCAAGGAAAAAAGAUUGAAGAUUCCAAGAAAAAAAUUGAGGAUGAAAAUAAAAAAUUAAUUUCUGAGAAAGACAAACUAUUGGAAGAAAAGAAUAAACUAGAAGAACAAAUUACAAAGUUGAGUGCUGAGAAAGCGGCAGCAAUGGCUAAGCAAGAUGAAAUGACUGUUUUCAUCCAAAGGGUAGAGACAUUGAAAAAAGAGCUAGAAGAUGAGCAGAAACAAGGAGUGGAGCUAAGGAAAAAACUUGAAAUAGCUCAAAAGGCAGAGCAAGAAAAGAUCAAAUUACAAAAAGAGGUUGCUGAAAAAAGUUCUAAAUUGGCCGAUUCUGAUAAGAAAGUUAAAGAAAUUGAGGAAAAACUUAAGAAAUCAGAGAGGUUGCUAAUUUCGAAUAAAAAGAAAGUAGUCAACUUAGAGAAAGAGCUGACAGAAGAAAAGGAACAUGCAAAAGCAAAUGAGGCCACACAGCAAGGUGUGGCAGCUAGUUGGUUGGCAGAAAGAGAUGACCUCAAGCAGCAGAUUGCAAGUUUACAGAGCAAAAUAGAUUCUCAGGAAAUAGCUUUGUCUGGCAAGACAGUUCUCAUAGAGCAACUGGAAGCAAAUAUCAAAGAAGAAAGGGAAAGGGUAUCUGAUGUCAGCAAAAAAGCUGGAGUGGAAGCUAAUAAAAAGUCCAGUGAAGUCAAAUUCAAAAAACAAGAGAAUGAACUUAAGAAAGAGAGAGAUGACUUUGAAAAGAAGGCAUCUGAACUGGAAAUGGACUUGCAGGCAGAGAGAAAGAAAAUUGAACGAAUGAAGAUUACACAGGAGAAGGAAGCAAAGAACAGAGAAACAGAACUUGCAACUCUUCGAACUAAAAUACGUUCUUUAGAAAGUAAUAGUAAUGUGUCUAAGAAAACUGCAGAACUUCAGCAGGAAUAUGAAUCCAGAAUCAGAAAGCUGGAAGAUGAACUUUCAGGAGAAAGACAAGAAUAUGAAGAUCUCACUGCUAAGUAUGAAAUACUUGAAGAGGAACAUGUUGUGACAAAAGCACAACUAGUGAUGGAGAAAGAAACUUUACAAAGUCAACUUCAUUCCACAAAGAGAGAAAUGGGAAGUGUAGAAAAUGAGCUUCGAACAUUAAGAGAAACAUACAAUACAAAACAAGAUUCUUGGAUUAAAGAGAAAUUAGAUCAACAGGAGAAGCUAAAGGAACUAGAAGAGAAAGUUUCAAGAAGUAUUAAUAAUGAAGCUUUGAACAUUGAGAAAGCUCGUUCAAGGGCUGCUAUUGAUGAAAAGAAUAUUGAAAUAGAACAUCUAAGGCGUGAAGCAGAAGUAUUAGCUGAUCAAAUGAACCAUAUUAAACGAGAGAAUGAUGACUUGAAAAAGAAAAUGGAGGACUUUAACAAAGUUGUGAAAAUUCAAAGGAACAUGACUGCAGACACUUCAGCUCUGGAGAAGGAAGUUCGAGAUUUAAAGAACAAACUCUUCCAAGAGGAGAAGACACAUAAGUCAGAAAUGGCUCAACUGAAAAUGCGAUACGACAGCCAAGUUGCAGUUGUAGGUGAGGAAUUACAGUCAUUGCAAGGUCAAGUAAGUAGAUUCAAGAGAGAGAGAGAUACAUUCAGACACAUGCUGGAAGGAGCUCAGAAGACAAUAGCAGACCUCAAAGCCUCUCAGCCCAGUAGAGAUAGCCGGCCAUCAUCUUCUGCCAGCGGAGAAGAGACAGAAGAUACGUUAACAAAAAUUGCAACAUUGGAACAGCAGAUUAAUUGCAUGGAAGAUGAAUUAUCUGAAGCAAGGCUUGAGAGUUCGAAAUUAAAAACAGAGCUAGUUUCAGAACGUUCUUCAUGGGAAAUCAAACUCUCUGAACUACAGUCUAGAGUAAAUGAGCUUGAAGAAGAACGCAUUUUAACAAGUGGGAGGACAAAAAUACCAGGUAUGAGAACAAGAAUGGAAUUGGCUUGGUCAAAAGAACGAGAAGAAUUGCAACGACUUUUGCAAGAAACAUCCACACUUGCCCGUGAUCUUCGACAGACUCUCUUUGAGGUUGAAAGAGAACGAGACAAGGAGCGUCUAGAAUCCAAGAGAAGAAUAGAUCAGCUCAAAAAGACUACAGAAGAAGAAGUAGAUGAGAAUAAGAAGAAAGUAACAGAGUUGCAAUGUGAUUUACUGGAACUGCGAGAUGCACAUGCUAAAUUACGUACCACAAAUGAAAAGUUACGACGAGAAAAGGAAAGACAUGAGAAAGAACGAGAAGAAUUACGUCAAUUGGCAUCAGGAAAGCGACGAGCAGAGCAAGAUGAAGAAAGGAGAAUCAAUUCUCUUCUGGAUCAAGUUGAUGAGCUCAUGAGAUUAGCACCAGAACUAUUUCAGAAUAAGCAAGCAUCUUCUGAUUCAGGCAUAACAACACCAACACCACCUCGGAGGACAAAGGGCCCGAAGUCUAGGGAGUCAUCUCCUGGUUUGGAGAGAAAAGACUAUUCAAGAGAAACAUCUGUUGAUCGAAAAGUGCAGCUUCAGUCCACUGUGCAAAGAUUAACUGAAGCUACGGAUGCCUUAAGGCGAUAUCAAAAAGCAGGAGAGGAAGAUCAAUCUGAUAAUCCCCCAGAAACAACACUACGGCCACUUGGAAAAAGUUCAAGAACAUCUGCUCAGAAAGCCAGUCUGCACAGGAAAGCCUUAUCUCUAGAACAAACAUCUGCCCAAGAACAGCAAUCUAUUUGGAAAACAGAUGAUGAAGGAGAUGGCAGUCUUUCAAGUUUACAGUCAGUGGGAUCAACGGAUUCUCGAUUUUAUUCCCUGAACAGGAAAGACAACAGUAUGGACAGUCGAUUAUCUGGAGGUUCAACUCAAAGUGAAUUUGUUUCUGGAGAAAAGAAGAAAAAGAAAGGUAUUUUAGGGAAAUUAAAACAAUUAACAAAGUCUCGAAGCAUUGAUGACACAACUACUGCAAGAGACUACAUGAGUUCACAGGGAUCACUUGGAGGAAGUGGCUCAGAUAUAAGCAUGGGAGGUGAUGAAAAAGGCAGCAAAAAGGAUCUCAGGGAUAGACUUACUGGAAUGUUCAAGAAACCAAGUUCUAGGGCUAAUAGUGUUGAACGAGGCAAAAAGGAGCCAAGUCCAGCUCUUCCUGAGAGAAUGGAUUCUAUUCAAAGGCCUCUAGUGAGGAAUGGGAGCAGCAGUACUCUUCCACGACCAUCACCUGCUAGAAGUGAUGUAAGCACAUCUAGUGUAUCAAGACCACUGGUACCAGGAAAAUCAUCAACACCCAGUUCCACAACUUCAACCAUCAGAAGAGUUAAAUGAGACAAAGGGUAUUAGUUGAAAAUGAAGCAGGAAGAAAAUCAUUCAACUCAGAGUUUCUCAGUUUGAGAAGAGUUAACUGAUCAGCAGGCAACACAACAGGCUGUCCUCUUGCUAGUGAAAGUGACUUGUUUUCUAAAUAAAAAUAAACUUAGUGUAAGUGUCGCUCAGAACACUUUUAUAAUUCAUGAAAGAUAUGGUAUGAUGGAAGAUUCUCAUUGUUUAAAAAUGUGAAUAAUUACACAUAACAUUUUUCAUGAAAGGGAGAGAGAAAUUUAUUAUAUAAGAUGUAUAUUAAAAAUACUCAAAAAAUUGUAUCCAUUUCACAACAAUGCUGUGUACUAUUUAUUCAUUAAUGGAUUCUGACAAAAAUACACUGCUCCUGUAUGACAUCAAUUUUAUUUGACUGAUGACAAAUCUUACAGAUGAAAUAUCAAACCAAUAAACAAAGAAUGUUUUGAAAGUCAUUUGAGUCAUGAGAAACUCAUUUGUUUGCAAUUAAACCAAAACCAGGACCAUUAAUACAGCAUAAGAAUAAUAACAAAAGUUAACUCUAUUAAAAUCAGCAUUAAAAGUUCAACUUUAAUAUCCGUGAUCACAAAUCGUUGCCACAUAUAUUAAAGGAUAUUUUGUAUCAUUCACGCAAGAAGACUUUUAC